UCUGCUUUUUACCCCGCUUUUAACCUUCGCCCCCGCUUUGCCCCUCCACGCUCUCGUUUGGCGUCUUAAACGCCUUACCGCGGCCAAACUUUGACAUUUAUCGUCCGUUCGGCGUCGGUCGCAUCCGUGUCAAACGUCGUCUUUUAACGGCUAUUAAUAGCUUAGCAUGCGGGGAAAACAAAACAGAUGAGCUGGGUGGGCUCGUCUUGCGGCUUACACGGACCCUAUGUAUUCUACAAAGCCUUUAAAUUCGCGAGCCGGGACGCCGAGGCUCGGAUCCUGUCGCUGGGGGACUUUUUCUUGGUGCGCUGCAAGCCGGACGAGCCCGUGUGUGUCGCCGAGCUGCAGCUUCUCUGGGAGGAGAGGACGAGCAGGCAACUUUUGUCCAGCUCCAAACUUUAUUUCCUACCAGAGGACACUCCCCAUGGACGCGAUGUCUCCCACGGAGAGCAUGAAGUGAUUGCCGUGUCAGAGAAGGUGAUCGUGCGCCUCCAGGACUUGGUCAAAUGGACGGUGCCAAACUUCUCAGAAUGGACCCAUGGUCUAAAGGCGGAGCCCCUCAAGGCCUCGGUGCUGCGUGAGCUGGGGACCAACGGACGGCGUGAGGCCCUUCACCGUUACCGUGAGAGUACACUCACCAGUGGACUCAACUUCAAGGACGUCCAGCGGGAACGGGCACGCCUUGGCCAGGAAGAGGACGGCAGGAAGGUACUGGUCCUUAGCUACCCGCAGUACUGCCGCUACCGCUCGGUGCUUGUCCGACUCAGGGAACAGCCCACCUCUCUCCUCCUCAACCACACGGUGUUGGCACUGGGUGGCAUCGCGGCGCUGGGUGGCAACACCCGGAUUCUGUAUUGCCGUGACACCUUUGAGCAUCCCACGCUGCUGCAGAACGAGAGCAUCUGUGACCAGUUUGCUCCCAACUUGAAGGGACGUCCCCGCAAGAAGAAGCUGUCUAUCUCGCAGAGGAGGGACUCCCAUGGCUGCAUCACAGUGACAGCUCUGGACCCCAAUAGCCUGGAGACCAAAACUCACAAGGUCAAAGCGAGCUGUAAAGCGUUAGCCAAUGGCAAGUUGAGUUCCGGAAAGCUUAGUUCCAGCACCAAACAUAAAGCCAGUGUUGGUCUAAGCAGGAAGCUUGUGGCACCUGAAGAAAUGCAGCGACUGAAGGAGAUGGUAGAGGAAAGGAGCGAGCAGGAGGAGAACAGGCAUCCAUCUUCCUUGGCCUCCCUGCAACUAGAGGAGGAGGAGGCAACCAUAGCUGCAAUUGUGGCGUCGUCAUCCUUAUCGGAGGAAAGUAGGGAGGAUGAGCAGGCCUUCCUGGUCGAGCUCUAUAAGUACAUGAAGAAGAGGGACACACCAAUCGAAAGGAUCCCCUUCCUUGGCUUCAAACAGAUCAACCUCUGGACCAUGUUUCAAGCGGCUCAGAAGCUUGGAGGAUAUGAGCUGAUCACGGUCCGCAGGCAAUGGAAGCACGUGUACGACGAGCUGGGCGGCAACCCGAGCAGCACCAGUGCCGCCACGUGCACGCGGAGGCACUAUGAGAGGCUUCUCCUCCCGUAUGAGAGGCACCUCAAAGGCGAGCAAGACAAGCCCCUACCCCUGACCAAACCCCGCAACCAUGAGAAGGCCACGUCCGCCAAAGCCAAAGGUGCUGGGGUCAAGAAAGCCAAGGGCUCGAGCGGUGCCAAGCAGGCCAGAAAGGAGCGCGUGGAGGCGGCCAAAGCCCAGCAGGAAUCACAGGAUUCCAAGGUCAAAGGGGAAGUGACCACAAAGCUUGAACUGCCAGCUGUGGAUGAACCCAUCAUCAUCGAGGAGGAGGAGGAGGAGCUUCACGUCACACUUAAGAAGGAAGAGUCAUUAGCAGGGGAGAUGCCCACGCCAAUGUGCUUCAAAGAGGCUGACUCCAGCAGGGCCCCGCUGGCCACUCGGCCCCUCCAUGCUGGAGCCCAGCCGGAGUGGCGGAAGAUCAGUGAGGUCCUUCAAACCGCCAAGACUGAGGUGCACCUGGUCACCAAAAGCACCUACUUGCCUCACCUGUGGGACCAGAACAAACCCCCCGGACAUUUUGCGCUGCCCGAGUCCUCCUCUCGGGACAAAGACUCCUCGGAUAGUCACGGUGGAAGAGUAGGCAAGGUGUUAUCCAUGUGUAAACAAGAUAGGCAAUCCAUAGACUUGAGUACAGAUUCUUUCCCGGAGAAGGAAGACUACGGGGUGAUCCAAAAAGAUAGCCCCGCACAAAUGGCUGCCUACUGCAAAACUGGCCAAGGCGUCAUGUCCCCUCUGGCCAAAAAGAAGCUCCUCUCUCAAGUGUGUGAGUCUACGUCCUUCUCAUUUGUAUCUUCUCUCCAGCCUCCUAUUGCUCCCGAGAGAGAGACUGAAAAGAGGAAAAGCGAGGAGGACGGCCAGAGGCAACACGCGUCUGACAAUGUCCCAGAGGCGGCGCCAAUCUUCAGGCCAUCGGUCAUUCAUCAUGCGCAGAGCAGCAAGCCUCAGCAGGAGAGGAGCGUCAGCCACAUCCUGCCGCCUCACGUUAGUGCCCCAUGGCAGCCAUAUCUCACCAGGACGAAGGACCGUGAUGCUGUGGAGAACACCUCAGAAAAGCUUCUCCAGUCUCGGAGCUUUGCAGGGGACUGUUACUCGUCCCCACACCUGCACAGUCUGUACAGACAAACUGAGAAUUGCCUGAGCCAGGACCGAAUUGCCGGAUACUCCAACGGAGAGCGACAGGAGCGCUUUGUCCGGGACCGCGAGGGGGAGCAGGGUUUCGUUUGCUGUGGCCUGGAGAAAGAAGGCCUGGCUUACAGAUCGCACUACAGUGACGAAGCGCAGACUCGAGGGGAGAGUAGAGAGGCUGAGGAUCAACCCAGGGACUUCACCAUUUCCAAACCACUUUCUCAGAGGGUGUCCACAGUCUCCAAACCUUCCUUUUGCGGUCUCCCUUACUCAAUCGUGCACCAGGGCUUGGACUCGCACCCUAAGGGGUGCAGAGUUCCCGCCAUGACAGUCUCACCUCCCAAGCAGGACCCAUCUCCAACCUUUCCGAAUCCCAAGUCUUUAUCUGAAUCAUCCCUCGCCAGCCCCGUCCGACCGAGCAAACGGAGUGUCGGGGAGGCGGAGAUUGAGGAGGCACCAGAGAGGAAGGUCCGUGUGGUGACGCCCAUCCACCCUGCUUCUGCCGUUCGACGGAGCGACCCAGAGGAACUGAAACCUGCCGAGCCGGCCCAUGCCGUUCACCUCAACAACCACCCGCCCGAGGGCCACCCCGCCACCACCUACACCCUGUCUCAUGCCGCACCCCUCUACGCCGGCAUGUACCCGCCCGGCAGUCUUGUGUCACAGAACAGACUCCAGCAGCACCCUGGCCUGCAGUACCUAAAGAGCCAGUCGGCAGUGUCCCCACUCGUUCCCCCCUUAGCCUUUCACUCCAUGAUGCUCCACAGGCAGCUUCUGGCCUCCGCCCCCAGCCCGCACCACUUCUUCAGGCACCCUGGCGGAGCAGCCCUUUAUGGGGACCUGUUGCACCAACUGUACCCGCUCUCCACCCUGCCCCAACCACAGCUGUCCUCAGUACACCCCAGCACUAGACUGUGAGAGGCACCCGGUUUAUCAUAUUCCCUUAUUUCCUCUUGCCAAGCAUAGAUAGGGGCUCAGUCGUACGAUGAGUCCAGAUAGAGGGACGAUGACUGAUUGUAAAAUUUUAUCUGUGAGACAGACUGAGAAUUCCAUUAGUUUAUACAUUUGUUUAUAUACUUUGCACUGUUCUGUAUUUCUAUUACCACUUACUGUAUCUUUUUGUUUGUAUCCUUAUUUGCACAAUUCUGACAUGGAUGUGCUCACUUUUGGUUUUGACUCUGUCGGCGGGAGUCGGGAAGCCGCGCCGUUUUUGUUUACUGCGUCUGAGGGCUAAUACUGUGUCGCUUGAAACACUACAACAGGAACCUAUGUAUAAAAGAAUCACCAAAAUGUGUUAUCGGUCCUGUGGUUCCAGUUUUUUUCAUGCCCUUAAAUUGUGCGGUCCUGAUGGACGAUAACGAAGGUAAUUGGUAUCCUUUUGAUAUAUUAAAGAAAACCCCAUAAUUAUCACUUAAGUGAGUUGAACCUCACAAAAUUCAUAAUAAUUGAUUGAUAAGUUAAACUCAUCCACUGCCACUGGUAGUAUCUAUGUGGUAUAGAUAUAUAUUAGGGUGGGACUCGAUUUCAAAAUGUAAUGUGAUUAAAUAGCGACUUGUAGUUAAUAGCAUUUUUAUCUGAACACUUUUUUUGUCACAUAUUUUUUUUAUUUUAGACAAACUGAAUAUACAGUGGUAGCUCUACAUACAAAGUUAAUUUAUUCCAGGACCUUGUUUGUAAGUCGAAAUGGUCAUAUUUCGAGCAGGAUAUUACCAUAAGAAUACAUUAUAAUUCCAUUAAUUCGUUCCACAGCCUGAAAACCUACACCAAAUCCUUAAUAAUGGGGUGGCGUGGCUCAGUGGUAGAGUAGUUGUCCCCCAACCCAGAGGUUGUGGGUUCACUUCUCCGCCCUGAUGAACUCGUCUAAGUGUCCUUGAGCAAGACACUUAACCCCACGUUGCUCCUGGUGCUGUGUCACCAGUAGGUGGAUGGCGAGAUGGUGUAAAGCGCUUUGAGCGCCUUGAAAGGUGGAAAAGCGCUAUAAAAGUAUAACACCAUUCACCACCACCAUAAUAAAUGCUGCUGGUAGUAUUGCAAAUAGAAUUUAAAUAAAGCAAAACAAAUAAAUUAUGAAUAAAAAUCGGAAUAAUAGUAUAAUAAUAGUAAUAAUAAUACCUGUAAUAAUGUAACGAAUCAGGUUCUAACGUGGCGGAUGUGUUUUGCGUGGUGUACCUGAAUGCACCGCGUGGCUGACUUCACACAGUGAGGGAGGACAUUACUUUCACUUUGUUCAACUGCAGCGGACAGUAAGCAUGUUGUGUUGCACAAGUUCUGAAAUAAAUGUGUUAGGAUUUGCGGAAUUGAGGGGAUCCCUGAGCAAACACAGGCACGGUGUAGCAAUGAACAAAAUACUUUAUUUGUAUCCAAAAUAAGAUGGUGGAGCUUUCUGGUAAUUAUAGUAAGCGUAAGGGGAAGCUUGGGAAGGUGGCGGACGUAAAAUCCGAUGAGGGUCGCACAAAAACAGGACCUGGGGCGAGAACAAAUAUGUCGUGAGCCGGUGAUCAGUGAAUUCAAAAAGGAAUGUGAAAUACAACUGACGUAGAAAACACACAUUGAACGGGUGUUGGCGACGUCCACUGCUUUUAAGGAUGGCUUAUUGUCAUAGCCAUUGAUUGAUUGAUUGAUUGAAUUUUAUUUCGAAAACAUGCAUCACAUUAUGGAUAUACAAGAAUACAAACAAAACAUAAGAUUCGAAAAGGAGUAGGAAGAAGUAAAAACUUAUACCUGUGGCUGCUCCACCUGUCUGACAUCCAACCAGCAAUCAGAAUAAAAACACGCACACCUACCCAAGGUGGGCCAGGCCACAGGAGGGAGUGACAGAGGCCCUAACAAUAUGAUUAAAAACCUGACGAAGCUGGCGAUAUUUGUUAAAUAAUAAUUGUCACCUUAACUUAUAAAGGCUGGCGAACAGAGGUCGAAGGAGGACCGUCGAGAUCGUAGACAUUCUACAGCUGUAUUGUCGUGCCAGUUUAUGGACGUGCACACCAUGCUCAUAUUUUUCUAUCAUUUCCAUCUUCAUUUCAAUGGUAAGCCUCACCUUUUUCCUUUUUUAACCACUUGCACUAACAUUCUUGGAACCCAUGUUGAUUUCCCCCACAAGAAAAUCCGCCGUGCGUCCGUCUUCCGGGAAAACAAACUGUGGCGCUGUCAUAAAUCUCGUACUUCUAGCAUGUCAUCGCGGGUAGAAACAAAUGGCUAGUCAAAUUUUACGUCUGAUGUCAAAAAGAUCGUGUGUCGAAGCAAUCGUAUGUCGAGGUACCACUGUAUCCUUGGGUAAAAUUGAAAAGACAAAACAAAACAUAGUGUGCUCGCAGUAUUCAAGUUAUUAGAAAAAAUGGCACAUGUUUUGAAGCGCUCGGAAAACUGUCCUGAUGUUUGAAGAUUUUAGUGCAAAAAAAUAUAUAUAAUAAUAAGUAUAAUUACCGUCAGAAGUCCAAUGAUCCCUCAUCAGAGCCACAAAUUGUGUUUUGUGCAAUGCAUCCAAUAUUUUAUUCUUUAUUUCGUCGAGUUUUUUCUAUUAUCUUUCUGCAAGGCAGUUUCAAAGUCUGAUCACUUGUAGCACAGUUGCUAGCCCUGCUCAUUUUUUACCACUGGUAGUGGCCUACAGUCAAGAGGUAUACAAAAUUUUGAGGUGUGUAUUUAAUAUUUCUGUUCAUCAAGCCAGUUAUUCCAUCUAGUUUAGUGCCGACAACUCAGAUUGCUGGCAGGACCACUCGCGGUUAUUAGCUUCUGUGCUCGCAGAUAUGUGCUUUACUAUAAGACUGCCGUGUAGAGUUUAAGUGCUGCGGUGAUAUGCAAUUCUUUGUUGCACAAUUUGCAAAGUAUGACACAUUUAUAAAUUCUAUCGAUUAUUUUACUGAAAACAAACUUUCCCUUGACGUGUUAAAGUCCCACCCAUUAUACAUACAUAGAGGAAAGCUGGCAGUGAAUGAGUUAAAACUAUAGAAACAAGUGGUUACCAUAUUUGGAAAGGAGACAUUUGAUUUGAGAAGAGACAGGAGAAACUGGGCUGUUGCAGCCAAGCAGAGAUUGUGGAGCUACACUGCUAAGCUAAUGUUAGCCUGCAUGUUGUAAUGGUUGAAUCUACUCGACCAGUAAGUGGAAGUGGCUUUACCCCUGGACAGUAACAAUACCAGGUAGUAAAAUGGCUGUGUUUUAAUUCAGGGUCUGCACUGCACCAUGGACUGCUCCAAACAUAAAAAUUCCUAUCUCUAAAUGCCAUUAGCCAUUUUGAACCAAUUCAUAAGAUACACCGCUAUCCUUUGCAUGCUGCUGCUGCUCCUAGAAGGAAGGACAACAUCUUUAUCAUGUGCAUUGUAGCUGCAAGAAUCUUGGACAUUGGUAGAUUUAAAAACCCCGCAAUCCUUUGCAUGCUGCUGCUGCUGCUCCUAGAAGGACAGACAACAACUUUAUCAUGUGCAUUGUAGCUGUAAGAAUCUUGUACAUUGCUAGAUUAAAAAAAGAAGAAAAAAAAACAAACAAACAAAAAUUUCUUCUGAUGUGCAAUAGCAGAGAAAACGUAAAGGAAAGCUGGAAUUUACAGAAAGUGACUGCAGACAUUUUCUCAAUUCCAUUACUAUUUUAGCCAAUCAAAUAUCAGUAUUCCAGAUUACCUUCCUCGUGACAUAAGUAAUACCCUUAGUCUCAUGCACUUAAGUUAGAGUAUCAGUUUUUAAAUGCUUGGGUAUAACAAAUGUCACAAAAUGGCUGCGCUCGGAAGCGGUGUAAUUUUUUUUUUGUCCAACAGUGUUUUCCCAUUACCAGAGGUCAGAUGAAUUUGCAGUUUAAAUACCAACUGGCUCUUACAUGAAGGUUAUUUAUAAUACUGUUGACUCUCCUGGCGACAUACACGAAAAUGUUCAAUGAACGAUUCAAAUUUCAACGCCAACACCAUUUACGUUAAACUUCAAAAACCCAGAUUUAAUCAAAAUAAGUGUUAAUGCUGAGUGAUGAAUAGCUGUCAUUCACUUUGGGUAUGCUGUAAAAACUUUCAAAUGUUUGAGGUUCAAAUGUUGCUCCCCAAAUUCAUAAAAUCUUAUGUUUCUAUAAAUCUGACAGCAGCUGCAGAACCUGAAUCAAGACACAGCCAAGAUUUUUCUCCCAAUGGAAAACUCAGAAAACUCCGUAGAUACCACGCAGUAGGGUGCAUUGACAAAUGUAAUCAGUAGAGGUGCUGUUGGACAAGAUGUCCAAAUCCAUUUCACAAGAAUGAAUGUGGCUUUGUUUGAUUUUUUUUUUCUUAUUAGGAAAGAAUGCAUCAAGCGUCCAUGGACCGUAGCAACUGGUUGCGCCAGCGUAAUGAAACAGCUGAAUGCUGUGGAACGCGCCUCCUUGCCAAUCAGAAUUUCACUUAUAUCAUUCAAGACUUGAAACACAUUUUACAGUCAAAACACGCGGAGAAAAAGAUUCACUGUAUGUUUUUUUGGGGGGUUUUUUUCCCAUAAGAAUGUUGUCAAUUAGGGCGCUUUGCAAGCAUCUGUGCCUUUUGCCCGUCUCGCGUUACUAUUAGUACUAAAUCAUGGGUGAAGCAGUCGUUAGGAAUUAGUUCUGUACCGUAUGGAGUGCACUCGAGCCACCACACGUGAUUGCUUAAGUGCAAAGUUUGUAAAUACAUUUUUUCUCACGAACAUGCAGAUAUCAAUCAAUUUACAGUGUCAGUCAUUGAAACUUUGAAGGUGACAGACAUAUAAGAAAUGUUGUAUACAGUUUUAUGUACUUCUCAGGUUUGAAAGAAAAUACCUUGUCAUUGAAAAUGCAAUGUAAACAGAUACACUGCACUAAAGGACAAAGUGGAACUGGUGAUAAAGUGCUGCAGCCAUGAGUGAAAAUACAAAUGUGGCUUUUAUUUCAUCUUAAUUUGUGCUCUUCAAAUUACUUCAUCACAAUUUCCUAGCACUACUUAUUUGCACGAGACAACAUUAGCCCUCAAAACAGGCCAAACUUGCUUUAUUCUUGACUGCCCAACUAUUUUGACAGUGUGCAAUUUGAUUGUCUCCGGUAAGAUGCAGUUUACGCAUUCUAUAAUUAGCAGAACUUUUUUUUCUGUUUCGUUAACCACUAGAUUUGCAAUUUGGCACAGACUGCAUAUGGAACGGUUUUAGUACUUAUUCAAGGUCACAGACAUCAAGCCUCAUGUCCUCACUAGUAAGACAAUGGUUUUCCCCACUGAUGAUAUUUCUGCAUAUUAUUUGAAAAACUACGUUAUUUUCAAGGCAAAACUGUACUCUAAUUGUAAUCUUUGCUCUACUAGUGAAAGCUUGUUAAGAUAGAUGUCAAGAUUCUUAAUGUUUAUAUUUCAUCUAUACAAAUAUCACCAAGUGGUGGAAAAAAUGUCGCUGGUAGAUUUCUACGAGUGUGCUUAAUUGUGUCACCACUAAUGACAAAGAGCACACUAGAAAAAGGGCCUUGAAAGAUAUUGAAUAAAUUCUGAAAGGGCUUUCCAUACUUAUGUGGUAAAUUACCCAACGAACAAGCACUGUAUGUGGUGGCUCUAGUACGCAAGAAAAAAAAAAUACAUGGGCUGGUUUCACCUUCACCCUUUGCUUCACUUCUGUUGUCUUCUGUGUAAAAAAGAAAAGUUAAAAAAAAUAAUAAUAAUAAUAGCACUGUAGAUAGCGCGCCACCUUCGUCUGAGAGUGGUGGUUAUCAAAAAACUGGUAUAAUCUGUAAAUAGCAUAAAAGGCAGUAUAUAUGUAUGAGAGAAGAAAAAAUGUCGGUUACACACAAUCUAGCCUCUAAAAAAACACUACAUUUUGGAAUUAAGGUUUAGGAUUGAAUUUUCAUUUGUUAUUGGUUCUUUUUUUUUUUUUGUGCAUCCUCAGUGUUUUUUGAUACAGUAGCCAUCUGUUUACCAAUCAGCCGGCUGGCAAGGGAGACAAAAAAAUAAAAAAAGACAUUUUUUAUGCUAUGACCUCCUGUAUAUUUAAUUAAAAUAUUUUACUAUCGAAACUGUUGUACUGGUUAUAUUCGUGCACGAGUGUGAAUGGUUUGCUUUCAUUCUUAGUACAGCUUGUAAUAUUCUUUCCUCCUAGCUUCUGGGAAGUCAGCCAGACAACUUGUCUCAUUCUGGCAGAAGGAGGAUUUACACUAGUUUCCAAAAUGACUUUUGUUGCCACCUGUUGGUAGAAAUACAUUAGUCAAACUAAAAUGCUCGGCUCCACAUGUCUACCGGGCUAAAACUGGAUACUAAACAAUUGGAUACAGUAGUUGCAUAAAUCUUUACCAAAAAUGAGAAAGCUUUUAGUCCUAAAAACUAUGAUAACAUCAUGCGCAGGAUAUUAAAAAAAAAGCUAAUUAAAGGACCUGUUUUGUUGAAUUACUCUUCAUUCAUACAUAUACGGUCAAAUGUUUUGAGACACGUCACCAUUCAGUUGGAUUAGAAAGUGUCUAAAAUCUUUUUACCUUUGGUGUACACUGAGUGAUGUUACAUUCUUUGCCUUAAAAUUAAAAUGGUUUAACUAUUGUGAAAAAUAAACCUGUUGAAACAACGUUCUUUUAAGGCUAACACUCCCCCCAUGACCUUAAUACCUGUGUACACAAUAUCUACAUCAGGGGUGCGCAUAUUUUUUUUGCUCCAAGAGCUACUUUUAAUGGAGACAACGUCCUGCAAUUUACUCUAACACUGGAGCUGUAUAACCCAAAAAAGUUGCUCACAUAACAUAAUUACCGAAAAUAUACCUGAAAAACAAAUCCGUCAUAUCGUCCUUAUUUUAGGUAUUAGCUAUUUUUUAUGUCCCAAAAAUGCAUGGAGAAAUCCCUCGCUGCUGCAAGGCUCAACCCUCCCCCACCGGUUGUUGCUCUGUGUCACUGAGUCAGCUGUGCUACACGAUGGCUGGAGGAGGUGAAACUCCUGACCUUUUUUCCUCCAUCCAAGAAAACUGAAUCGUUGGUAUGUGAAUACUUCAGCUACAGAACAGUUAGAUGGCCACGGCUUAGAGGGGAAAGGCCAUCCAACAUGUAAAACAUGUUUGCGGAGGGUGGCUGCCGAGGAGGCAAUACCUCCAAUACGAUUUCGCAUUCAUACAAAAUUAAAGGUUAGUAAACACUCAUGAAAGAUUCCCACAAGCUACGAGAGUUAAUCCUGCGUGUUUAGUGUGUCUAGCUGUGGUUAAAUGUAGAGAUGUGGGUCCGAUCACGUCAUUUUCAAAGUAUCGGAAUCGGCAAAAAAAAAAAAUCGGCCGUGCCUAUUUUUAAUAUAUAUAUAUUUUAAUUAAAUCGUUUUCUAAUUGUAUGUAACGUUACAGGCAUAAUAUGUUACACUCAUCCAGAGUCUUUACUUUAGGCUUAAGGUAGGGUUAUCAAAAAUAUCCCGAUAACGGCGGCAAUUUAUUAAAAAAUGUGUCACGUUAAAAUAUUUAACGCAAUUAAUGUAUGCGCUGCACGACCCUCUCGCUCAUUGUCGCGCUCAAUCUGUAAUGACGCCGUUUUACCUAUAUAGAGAGAUAAAAGGCAGCGCAAAAUGAGUAGAGUGAAUUUUGGCAGCCUUUGGAGCCUUUUUUAAUUGGCUAAAGCCUUGCAAUCCCUCUCCCUAUGAAUAGUAAUAUCAUGGGAAGCAAUGUGGGGAAGCAAGGUGACAAUUGAUUUUUGUCUUAACACCUAAAGUUAUUUCCCAACGCAGAGAAGAUACAUCAAUUGGUAGCACGAUGCACAGUCACGGUUCCACUUGGAAUUGAAUCGGGAGCAAAAAAAAGAAAUAUCGGGAUCGGCAGAUACUCAAACUAAAACGAUCGGGAUCGGAUCGGGAGCAAAAAAAAUAUGAUCGGAACAACCCUAGUUAAAUGUGUUUUUUUUCUCUCUGAAAAACUGUGUGUGUAAUGGAAACAUGAUACGAGUCAUACACACAUGCUUUUUAUCAAAAAUAAUUCAAUCAUUUUUUUCUAAUAGUAAUAAUGUUGAGCUGUGGAUGUGGGUUUAGGCUCACUUAAAUGAUUUUUACAUUUAUUUUAAUUUUAUUUAGAAUUUUUUUAAUUAUUUUUAUUUUAACAUACUUAUGUUCCACUUUGCUAGUGUUUUGAAAAAUAAAAAUUCUGUUCAGUGGGAAAAAAAGUUAAAAGAUAUCUCAAAAUAACACAUUUUAGAGCUGUAAUUGCAAUACCGUGAAACCAUGAUAUUUUUGCUUAAGGUUAUCAUACUGUUAGAAUCUCAUACCAACACAUGCCUAAUUGGAAUGAUGCUAAAGGUCAGACCUCAUCCAAAGCUAACGUCUUGGAUUUUAAGGGCCAGAAUGCAGAAUAGUAAUCAUUAAUACAUGAUUUAAUGAAAUUGAAUAUGUAGUUUCACUUACUUUGAGUUAAUAUUGUGUAGUUGGUGGAUGCAUAGUCAAUGUCAAAUAAAAAGUGAGUGACUUGAGGAAAGUUUUUGGAUGACUACUUUUACUUUUAUUUGAGUAAUAUUUUUUAAAUGACUCUAGUCUUUUUGUCUCUGAUUAGAAUCAGGCAUGUGUCGAUGACCGGUUUCAAGGUAUAACCGUGGUAUGAAAACGUCACGGUUUCAAAACCGCAGAAAUUUGCUGUCAUACACUCCCUAAGAUAUUAGCUAUUUUUUAUGUACCAUAAUGUAGGGAG